CUGAAGCUAAUCGCAGACAGGAUAUCUCGUCUAAUACAGUAUUUCCCGGGCAUGCGCAAAUGAUGCGGCCUUUUCCCAUUUCAUCGGGGUUUACUGGCCCUUAAGUUUAGCCCAGAGUCCUUAUCGGAGGGGGGCAAAAACAUACAGAAAUGGGGUUUGUGAAGGUUGUCAAGAACAAGGCUUAUUUUAAAAGAUAUCAGGUGAAGUUCAGGAGGAGAAGAGAGGGCAAGACUGACUAUUUUGCACGUAAACGCUUGGUGAUUCAGGACAAGAACAAGUAUAAUACUCCAAAAUACAGGAUGAUUGUACGGAUAACCAACAGAGACAUAAUCUGCCAGAUUGCAUAUGCAAAGAUAGAAGGGGAUAUGAUUGUUUGUGCAGCAUAUAGUCAUGAACUUCCCAAAUAUGGAGUGAAGGUUGGACUGACAAACUAUGCAGCGGCAUAUUGCACUGGCCUGCUUCUGGCUCGUCGGCUGCUGAACAAGUUUGGCUUGGAUAAGAUCUACGAGGGUCAAGUGGAAGUAACUGGGGAUGAAUAUAAUGUGGAAAGUAUUGAUGGGCAACCUAGUGCUUUCACUUGCUACCUGGAUGCUGGUCUAGCUAGAACAACUACUGGAAAUAAAGUCUUCGGUGCCUUGAAAGGUGCAGUGGAUGGUGGCUUGUCCAUUCCCCACAGCACCAAGCGCUUCCCUGGAUAUGAUUCAGAGAGCAAAGAGUUCAAUGCAGAGGCCCAUCGCAAACAUAUCAUGGGUAUAAACAUUGCUGACUACAUGCGUUAUUUGAUGGAGGAAGAUGAGGACGCAUAUAAAAAGCAGUUUUCUCAGUAUAUCAAAAAUGGCGUUACGCCUGACAUGAUGGAAGAUCUGUACAAGAAAGCUCAUGCUGCUAUCAGACAGAAUCCUGUUCAUGAAAAGAAGCCAAAAAGAGAAGUCAAGAAAAAGAGGUGGAACAGAGCCAAGAUGUCAUUGGCUCAGAGAAAAGAUCGUAUUGCUCAGAAGAAGGCCAGCUUCCUCAGGGCUCAAGAGCAGGCUCAAGAAAGUUAAAUUGUUAUCUUUUCUAUAAUAAAUAUCUUCUAAAUAAA